AUGGAUAGAGUAGUUGCAUGGAAUGUCAGAGGUCUCAACUCACUUCAGGUGAAGAAUGAAGUUAAACAUUUCAUUCAGAAAUAUGAGGUGGGGUUGGUGGGACUUCUGGAGCAUAAGAUGAAGCUGUCCAAUUUGGGUAAGCUUUAUCAGAAAGUGUUUGCAAAAUGGUGUUUCACUAGUAAUGCUAGCUAUCACCCUGGUGGUAGAAUAAUUGUUGCUUGGAAGGCUGGAAGUUUUAAUGUCAAUAUUGUUGCUGCAUCUAGUCAAUUUUUACACUGUCAUGUUACUCCUGUUAGUGGUAUGCUUAGCUUCUUCUACACUUUCAUUUAUGCACAUAAUGAAGCUGGAUUGAGGCAUGAAUUAUGGAGAGACUUAAGCUUGAUUAAUACUGGUGCCCCUUGGAUUUUAUGUGGUGAUUUCAACUGUGUUAUGGCUCCUGAGGAAAGAAUAGGUGCUCCUGUCAGACAGUGUGAUAUUGUGGAUAUUUGUGGGUGUAUGCAUAAUUGGGGUAUGGAGGAUUUGAAGAGUGUAGGUAACCUGUUUACUUGGAAUAAUAAACAACAAGGUAACAAGAGAGUAUUUUCAAAGAUUGAUAGAAUUUUAGCAAAUCAAGCAUGGCAGGAUGCUUAUCCUGAUGCAGAAGUUUAUUUCCUACCUGAAGGACAGUUUGAGCAUUCUCCAUGGUUGCUUACUGUUUAUCCUAGGGUAAAUGGGGGAAGGAAGCCUUUCAAAUACUUUACCAUGUGGAGAGCUUCUCCAGUGUUUUCUGAUACUGUUCAGACAGCUUGGAACACUCAGGUUGGAGGGAGUAAAAUGUUUACUGUUGUUAGCAAAUUGAAAAGAGUUAAGCUUGCCCUUAAGGAGUGA